UGACGGGACGCUGCCUGUGAUCCUGGCUGAGAACGGGCCCGCACUCCUAGUGCCUGUAUGUUACAUAGCUAUUGUGGAACUACAAGUCCCAGCAGAGCGACGGUAUGUUACCUACAGGCCAGACACAAGAGCUGACACUUCUUCUGUCCCUUGCAGCAUCAUUAGCACUGUGACUAUGGGGAAGAAGACGGAUAAGAAGGACAAGUCCUUGAAGGACAAUGUGGAGGAGGAGGCCCGGAGCGCAGGUUUCGGUACCCAGGACAGGCCCGCGCUGACCGCUGAGGACUACCAGUGCUCGGGUAACCUGGAGCAGGACUUCUCCGAGCUGUGCAGCCGCCUGGGCUACAUCGAGAUCCCUAAAGUAAUCCCAAGACCCCGACCUCCGAGCACCCCGGCCUCUGAGAAGAACAUGUUCGCAGAGGAACCAGACUACACAUCUGAUAAGGAAAGCCAGGGUGGGACGGGCCCAACCAAAGACCGCUACUCUUACUUCAAGCCAAGUAUCCGGGUGGAGCUGGAGAGCGAAGAUGGACGAUCCGUCCGAGAAAUCUCCAUCAGAGGUUGGAAGAUCGAUGAUAAAAUGAUGGGAAUCUUUGCCAAGUGUCUGCCGGCUCUCCUCAACCUCCACAAGAUCAAUCUGUGGAACGUGGGCCUCACGGACCAAACCUUCUCCUCAUUUGUGAACGUCCUACAGCAUUGUCCAAGUGUCAAGGUGAUUUCACUAGAAGGAAACCCACUGCCUGACCAGUCGUAUUACAAGUUACUCUCAGAUGACUUAGGGUUGGUCCACAUAUCGCUCAGAAACAACCAAAUUGAUGACGAGGGGGCUAGACUCAUCAGCCAAGCCCUGCAGAGCCUGAAGGUGACCAACAAGAACCUGGCCGCUCUGGUCCUCAGCUACAACCACAUCUCAGACCAGGGGGCCGGGUACAUUGCCCAGGCCUUACGAUUCAACCGGUCACUGCUGUCCCUCAACCUGUCCAGUAACCAGAUCGGGGAUCAAGGGGCGCGCGCCUUGGCCGAGGUGCUGGGACACUUUCCACUAAGACAUACAGAAAUAGUGGAGAGGAGGCGACUGUUACUGGAGAAGGAGGCUCAGGAGCAACCACGAUCGCCGGGCACAUCACGCCACGCCGAUUCCAAGAGUGAGCGACCACUCAGCCACCACAGCAACUCCGCUGCGGAGAAAGCAGAGAAGUCCCAGGCGCAGAAGGCGAAAUCGAGCGUCUCAAAGAAGAAGGAGAAGGAUCCUCAAAAAAAAGAAGACAAAACGAAUGUCAGCAGUGUGGCGAGUGGAGCUUCUACCGUUACAACUCAACCUGGACCUGCUAAGAAAGAAGACCCAAAAACCAUCAAAAAACAGACAGCCGGCUCUGACCUAAAGAACGCACGAGGAAAACCAGUUAAGUCUGCCACCAAGAGAGCGCCAUUACUAGAGCAUGAGCAGGCAGAGGUAACAGAAAUCGUUAACCCUUUGCUGGAACAAGCUGACUUUCGAGAUGGGAAAGUUUAUCUCCCUGGAAACAAAGUUCUGAUCAGUCUGAACCUUUCACGGAACAGGGUCACGGAGGAGGGGCUUAAAGGCUUUCUGGCCGCAAUAGAGGCUCAGGUCCAGGAGACUAAACCUGCAACAGGGACCAGGACUCACACAGGACUAUUGAGGCUAUCUUUGGCGAAGAACCGGUUUCCAGCAGACUGCUCAACCUUUGCCCAGAUCCAGGAGAUGAUGCUGUCGCGGGACCCCAUCCACAAGUCCUCCAGGUCUUCUGUAGACGAGCAGAUGAUGUAACCCGGGAUGUGCAGUGACAUCAUUGCUGGCAGGAAGUGACAUCAUCAUCACGGCUGUAUAGUGUUUCCUGC